CUUAAAUCCCUAGAUUCUCCACUCCUGUCUUUGCUGGCAUCUUCGCCAACCUGCACUAUCUCGCGUCGUUGAAUCUCUAGAAGCUUCGCAAGAUGACGCUCUUCUCCAACAAGGCUGAAAAGCCGCCUGUUGUUGCAUCAGAGCAGGCUGAGAAAGAUGUCACACCGGCGCAGAUCGAGAGUGGUCCCGCGGCGACGGCGAUUGAUCCAGAGAUCGAGAAGCGCGUCCGCAGGAAACUAGAUAUGAACCUCAUACCACUGGUCUCAGCGCUUUAUCUUCUGGCCUUCCUCGACCGCUCCAACAUCGGCAACGCAAGAAUUGCUGGCAUGGAAACUGAUCUGCACUUCGCGCCCGGAGACUACGACUGGCUUCUCACCAUAUUUUACAUAUCCUACAUCAGCUUCGGCUUCCUCGCCAUAAUGUGGAAAGUUGUGCCGCCACACUACUGGGCCACGUUCUGCGUGUUCACAUGGGGUCUUGUCUCGACCGUGCAAGCAGCGAGUAACUCGUGGGGAGCGAUGAUGGCGCUGCGAUUCAUCAUGGGCGCGUCCGAGGUUGCGUAUGGACCUGGUGUGCCGUUCUUACUGAGCUUCUUCUAUCUCAGGGAUGAGUUGGGGCUCAGGAGUGGACUCUUUCUGAGUGCAGCGCCGCUGGCGAAUACUUUUGCAGGCGCGCUCGCGUAUGCAAUUACGAGUGGCAGUCCGGCGUUGGCGAAGUGGAGAGUGCUGUUUCUUGUCGAGGGGCUGCCGACGGUGGUAAUGGCCGGCGUAGCCUUCUUCUUUCUACCUGACAGUCCGGAGAAGGCAAGGUUUCUGAACAGAGAGGAGAGGGAAGUUGCAAGAGCGAGGGGUGUUCGGCAGGCCGGUGAGGCGUCACGUAUCGGUAUGCCGAACUUCAAAGAGUUCUUCGCUGGGUUGGUCGACCUCAAGGGGUGGAUUCUGGGGUUGAUGUACUUCAGCUGCAACGUGGCGUUCUCGUCACUGCCUGUCUUCCUCCCGACGAUCUUGAAAGAGAUGGGCUUCAGCAGCGUCAACGCCCAAGGUCUGACCGCACCGCCGUUCUUCGUUUCCUUCCUCAUGGUCAUCACGACAUGCUACAUCGCGGACCGCACCCAGCAGCGCGGUUUGAUGGUUGCUUUGCUGACCUUGAUCGGCGGCGUUGGGUAUGUGAUCUUGGCAACCUCGCACUCGGUGGGAGCUCGAUAUUUUGGCGUCUUCCUGGCAGCGGCAGGCAUAUUCCCAGCGAUUGGCAACAUCCUGCCGUGGGUCACCAACAACCAAGGCUCAGACACACGGAGAGGAGCAGGCAUCGUGCUACUCAAUCUGAUUGGGCAGUGCGGCCCGCUGCUUGGAACCCGCAUGUACCCCACGAGCGAGGGACCAUACUAUGUCAAGGGACAGUCAGUGUGCGCGGCGUUUCUGUUCUUCUGCUGCUUGUUGGCGCUCACGCUGAGGACCCUGCUUGUCUGGGAGAACAAAAAGCUGGACAGGCAAUAUGGCACUGUUGCUCAGCAGAAGCUAGCCAUGGAGGAGGCGGCUGCACGAGGCGAGGGUAAAGAGGAAGUGAUGGCUGUGGAGAACUACGGGCCGAUGUUCAGAUAUGUACUGUAGUACCACUCGACAUGUCGGAAUUGAUCCCUGAGAAUUGGUGCUUUUGGUGGAAUCAGAUGUACAUUGUCAGUGAGGGGAUGAGAGGAUGAAGAUGGAUUAGACUCGACUCGGUGCUAUCCAGCUUGAAUGCACGACGUUGAAGUGUAUGUCGCUAACCUCACGUGCAAUAAUUAUUGCAAUCUUUAUGCAGCG